ACAGUGACACUUAACAGGCCUCGACACUUGAAUGCUUUGUCCGGCGAAAUGCUCUCCCAGCUGCUUCAACUGUUCCUUGCCUAUGAGCAUGAUGCCAAAGUUAAACUGGUCAUUCUCAAAGGUAAUGGAAAAGCAUUUUCUGCAGGCGGAGACAUUGCUGAAGUAGCUCGUCUUCUCGAUAGUGGGGAUUGGAGGCUUGGUCUCAAAGCUACCGCAGAGGUCUGUAAAUUACUCUACUUGAUAGCCACAUACAGCAAACCGCAGGUUUCGAUUGUCAAUGGCAAGGUCAUGGGACGGGGAGCUGCUAUUUAUGUAUCCUCUAGAUUCCGUAUAGCAACUGAGAAUUCGAUUUUUUCUAUGCCGGAAACAGCUUUGGGAGGGGUUCCUGAAAACUCUUAUUUCCUUUCCAGACUUCCUAGAUUCCUUGGAGAAUAUCUCGCCCUAACUGGUGCCCAAUUGGACGGUCCUGAAAUGCUUGCUUGCGGUAUAGCUACUCAUUUUGUUCCUGCAGCUGAAUUGGCUAUGCUAGAACAAGAGCUACUUGCUUCCAUAGGUGCUUUAACCAGUGAAACAACCUCAAGCUGUGAUGAUCUUAUAAGUUAUGUGUCAUCCAUUAUAAGUAAGUACUCAAUCCAACCAGCUUUGAAAGAGAGAGGGAGUGCAUGGCACAAUAUGGAUGUUAUUGAAAAGUGCUUUUCAAAGAGUACAGUAGAAGUUGUGAGUUCCCUAGAAAAGCAGGCUACAGAUAUAGAUGGUGAUAAUCCAUGGUUAACGUCCACAAUUGAAUCACUUAAGAAGGCGUCGCCUAUUAGUUUGAAGAUUGCUUUGAGAUCUAUCAGAGAAGGAAGAUCGCAAGGACUGGGUGAGUGUCUGGUUCAAGAAUAUAGAAUAGCCUGUCGUAUUGCUAGGGGAGAAAUCAGCACAGAUUUCAGAGGGGGUUUCACAGCUCUACUUGUCGACAGAAAUAGGAUCAAAAAGUGGGAGCCUAGUGAAUUGGAACUCGUCUCUGAUCAGAUGGUUGAUCGGUAUUUCUCCAAGUUGGAGGAUGAUGAUGAAGUGAAAGAACUAGAGCUCCCUGCAAGAUCCAACUUGCCUACCAUUAACGUCCAGCUUUGAUGAGCGAGUGAUCUA